AUGUGGAGCCGAACGGAGGCCGCCCCUGCCGGCUCGCCCACCACGUUCCUGCGAGGCGAGAUGGGCGCACAGUGGAUCGAGGGCGCCACAGGUAACCCGGUUACCACUCUGGCUCGGAAAUUCAAGCUCAACAUCGGGCAGCAGAACGGGCGGGAGAUACAGUUCACAGCCAAGGGGAGGAGGUACGGGGACGCGGAGUGGGCGGCAGCGGAGGCGGAGUAUCAGACGUUGCGAAAAAUGUUCUACAAGCCCUAUGCUCAGUCCCGCCUGGCAGUGGACUACGAGUUCAACUUUGGCACGGCCCUCUCGCACCUCUCAGCUUGGUACUAUGACUCCAAGGCCUUCGACCCGCCCACCAUGGUGGUCACCAAUGGAUAUGACAACAUCCCCAAGAUGCUCAUGCAGGCCUUCGACCCGCCCACCAUGGUGGUCACCAACGGUUACGACAACAUCCCCAAGAUGCUCAUGCAGGCUGGUGGUUACCCAACAGCUAUGACAAAUACCCUUAAGGCCCUUAUGCAGGACCCCAAGACGCUCAGGGUUCAGGGUUUAGGGUUUAGUGGGGAAGAGGGGGAAAGCGGAAUGGGGAAGGAAGGAGGAAAGAAUGGGCUUGUGCGGAUUGUGGUUAAGCCAUUCUCAUCCCCGUUAUCACUCGCUCCAUUCAACCCCCUCCUCCCAAUCCAACCACGGCAGGAAGCGCAGGGAAAAGGAGCAAAGCUGCUCCUCAACUUCGAAGUCACCGCCAUCUCGCAGUCCCCCACUGGCGUGCAGAUCACGGGAAAGAACACAAGCAGCAAAGGCAAAGCUCAUUCCCAUUCCCGAUUCCACUCUCACCCCCCUCAAUCCUUGUCCUCCCUUGCCAACCCACCACAGGAAGCGCAAGGAAAAGGAGCCAAGCUGCUGCUCAACUUCGAAGUCACCGCAAUCUCACAGUCCUCCACCGGCGUGCAGAUCACGGGAAAGAACACCGCUAGCGGCGCCACCGGCACGCUAGAUGCUGAUGUGGUUAUCGUAACAAUCCCUCUCGGAGUUCUCAAGGCCAACACCAUCGCCUUCAACCCGCCGCUCCCCCCUCGUAAAACCGGUGCAAUCUCGCGCCUGGGCGUGGGCGCCAUCGCCAAAAUCUUCUUCUUUUUCAACCAGACCUUCUGGCCGGUCAACGUGGACGAAUAUUUCAUCGAGGACUCGCAGCUGCCCGCGAAUCGCGGGCGGUGGGUUGACUGGGUGAACCUGAAGCGCGCGUGGGGGCAGACAGCACUGGAAGGCGUGGCUCUGGGGGAGUAUGCGGAGCGAGUGGCUACGAUGAGCGAUGAGGAGGUGAUUAAUGACGCCAAGGCAAAGAUGGCCCGCAUGUUCCCGCAGUACCGCAAGAAGCCGGUGGAAGCACUGGCGACUUGGAUCCAGCGGUGGACUGCCGAACCGUACUCGCGGGGCGCGUACAGCUACGCGCGCGUGGGCGUGCGGGGGAACGAGGAUCACUGCACGGACUAUGAUGUGAUGGCGCUGCCCGAGGGGAGGGUGCUGUUUGCGGGGGAGCACACCAUCUGGCAGUACCAGGCCACCGUUCAUGGUGCCCUGCUCUCCGGCGUCAGAGAGGCGCGACGCGUCCUUAGAAACUUCUGA